AUGGGGACAGAGAAAGCGAGCAACGGGAAUCAUGAAGAAAAAAGCAAAAGCAAAAGCAAGAGCAAGAGCAAGGCGGUUCGGCAUGUGGCGGAGUCGCCAGGGCGGUUGACCGAAGAAUCCCCCAAGAAGGGAGAAUUCAAAAAAGCGGUGCCAAAGAAAAAUAUCCUGGGUAAUUACAAAGUGAGCAAAGGGCCUUUCCUGUCGAGCGAUAAGUUAGGGAAAAAUGUGGACUCGUCUGAUAAGGACGAUACACCGAGUGGAAACAAGGAAGAUAGUGAUGAGGAGAGUGACGUUAGCAUGGGUGUUGCACGGGGCGGAGGCCCUCGAUCGGGAAGAAACACAACGGAUGCACUGGGCGCAACCGCGACGAAAAGUGCAACCGCCACGAAAAGUGCAACUGGCACGAAAAACGCAACUGGCACGAAAAGUGGAGCUGGCACGAAAAGCGGAACUGGCACGAAAAACGCAACUGGCACGAAUAGAGGAACCACUGCAAAAGGGGGAAUGACCGAUACGGAAGUAAAAGAUGGUCCCAGUGACAUAAAAAUUUUAGUGACGAGCGAGGAGCCCUUGCACACGCUGCCAUCCGGAGCUGUGGAGAGGAGAGCUCCGUUGAACCCCUUUGCAUCCCCCAUUUUAGGAAAGUACAGGAGAAAAAAAAAAAAUGCCAAAAUAAAGGUUAAGGACCCAAGGCUUAAUAACAACCCACUUGUAGGACGAUUAAUCGUCUGUAUAUCGUCAACGGCAAUACUCUUUUGGGUCUUCUUCGCAGAGAUGAUAUUUAAUUACAAUACAUUUAAUGGAAGAUGUAUUUCGAAGGUGCUAUACCCUAUUUACACGGAAAGCGUAAUAAAGAAGAGAGAACCGUUUUAUGUAUUCCUUGGUUAUGGAGCAUGUGAAUACAAUUUAGAGGAAUCCGCGUCGGAUAGACAUUUUAUUGGAACGAAAGCAUCCGACAAAGGUUGGCCCACAAACAAAGUAGAACACAAUGCAGAUGCAAGAGGAGAUUCCAGUUGGGAUAGUGUAAAUACACGUGUAUACAACCAAUUAGGAGGACUCAACACAAAUUAUAUAAGAAACUAUGGAGAGAUUUAUCGUCUAUUUUGGUCUGUCUAUUUGCAUGGUGGAUUCAUGCACAUUAUUUUUAAUGUAUUAUGUCAGAUACAGAUUCUUUGGAUGAUAGAACCCGAUUGGGGAUUCCUUAGAACCCUUCUUCUUUUUUUUAUAUCCGGAGUUACUGGAAAUUUAUUAUCUGCAGUGUGCGAUCCAUGUGGUGUCACCAUCGGAUCCUCCGGUUCUUUAUAUGGUUUGAUAGGGGCACUUUUCACAUACCACAUAGAAUACUGGAAAACUAUUCCUAGACCCUGCUCUGUCUUAAUCUUUAUGGUUAUCGUAAUUAUUUUCGGUAUCUUCAUUGGUAUGUUUGGAUAUACGGAUAAUUACGCUCACAUGGGAGGUUGCUUAGGGGGCAUACUUUAUGGUUUUGCUACCAUCACGACUGUUUCUGCAGCAGACAAGUGUACCUUGGGAGAACGCAUGUUGACAUCUCCACCCUUUUCAUGGUUCUUGUCUAAUGAGACCAAGGAGUUAAUUGAGGCCAAGGCCAGGGAAAAGAAAAUACGCGGAGAAAAUUAUCGAAAGAAGCAGAUUGCCAACAAGGUACACAAGGAAGACGCUUUCCAUAUUAUGAUAUCUCUCAUGAAGAAACGAAUUAAUGAUGAAGGAAGACCGCCAUGUAGAAUGAAAAUGCGCGAAUGGAUUGUCCGGAUUACAGCCGCCUCUGCUCUCAUAAUCAUGUGGAUCGUGCUCUUCGUCUACCUUCUAAACGAAACUGCCUACAAAUCCUACACCCCCAUGGGUCAAAUUAAAUUUACUGGUGUCCACACCUGCUUCUGCUGUGAAAUCACCAAGGAGAAAUUCCCCUUCAUCAGCGUUGGCAACUUCUACUGGUGCUUUACCAACGAGGAGGCAACCAAGUACUACUGCGGGAAGUGA